AUGUCGGAAGACGCAAGGCCCUUGGAGGCUCCGGCCCCAGCACCCCAGCAGCACCCUCCAGUGUCCCCAUCCAUGUGGCUACAAGCCUACGAAUACUUACAGAUGUCCGGGAGUCGCAUACAGACGAGAUGGCGAGGGGGGGAGGAAGGAAGAAAAGGGCAAAGAUUUGCAACCACUGACAAGAGUCUGGGCCAUGGAGAACCAACAGAUGCGAGGUCUCCCACGCACGCCACCACCAUCAUCAACCAUCCGGCGCUCGUCCUCGUCUUUACGUCCAUAUCCCUCGCCGCUAUCACCACCACCUACACCACGACCAAGAUCCUAAAGAGAGCCCUCCCGCAUCCGUCUCGCCUGCUCCCAUCUAGUCUCCACCCAGCCACCACCACCACCGCCUCCCUCCCACACAACACCACAACACCUCCCCGCGUCUCGCCCCGUUUCGUCCGCGCCCGUCGCCGUCCAACCCAAAAGCCAUAA